AGAAACAAUGGCUUUGACGUCCUCUAUCACAACAUGAAACACGGACAUUUGUCAACAAAAGACUUAGCAGACUUUAUAAGAGAAAGGGCUACAAUAGAGGAGGCAUAUUCAAGGUCAAUGACAAAACUAGCCAAAUCAGCGAGCAAUUAUACACAACUUGGGACAUUUGCACCAGUUUGGGAUGUUUUCAGAACCUCAACAGAAAAACUAGCAAGCUGUCAUUUGGAUCUUGUGCGGAGAUUACAAGAGCUAAUAAAAGAAGUUCACAAGUAUGGAGAUGAACAAAUCAAAGCUUAUAAAAAGACUAAAGAAGACGUUUCAGGAACAUUGGAAGCAGUGCAAAAUAUUCAAAGUAUAACUCAGGCCUUACAGAAAUCAAAGGAAAACUACAAUGCAAAGUGUGUGGAACAAGAACGUUUGAAAAAGGAAGGAGCAACACAGAGAGAAGUUGAUAAGGCAGCAGUUAAAUCAAAAAAAGCUACAGAUACCUAUAAACUAUACGUGGAGAAAUAUGCUGCAUUUAAAACUGAUUUUGAACAGAAAAUGACAGAAACUGCACAGAAAUUUCAAGACAUUGAAGAAACACACCUUCUUCGUAUGAAAGAGAUUAUAGAAUCAUUGUCAAAUACCAUAAAAGAAAUUCAUUUACAAAUAGGAGAGGUGCAUGAAGAGUUUAUUAAUAACAUGACAAAUACUACAGUUGAGAGUUUAAUACAGAAAUUUGCUGAGUCAAAAGGAACUGGCAAGGAAAGACCUGGCCUUAUUGAAUUUGAAGAAUGUAACACAUCCAGUGCAGUUGAAGGGAUAAAACCACGGAAGAGGAAGCCUUUUGGUCUAUCAGGAAUAAUGAAAAAAGAAAAAGAUACUGAAUCUGUGGAGUGUCCAGAUGCAGACUCAGUUAACAUUCCUGAUGUAGAUGAUGAAGGAUACAGCAUUAAACCAGAAGCAACACAGGAUACCAAAGAGAACCAUUUCUAUUCGUCCAGUGAUUCUGACUCUGAAGAUGAUGAACCCAGGAGGUUCCAUGUAGAAAUAAAACCUGUCCAGCCAAAUAAUAGCUCUCAGUAUACCAUGCCUUCCUUGGAUGAAUUAAAAGUAUCUAUAGGGAACAUCACUCUUUCUCCAGCAAUAUCUCAGAGACACAGUCCUGCACAAAUGAAUCGGAAUUCAUCCAGUGAAGAGUUAACAAAAUCAAAGCUUUCUGCUCCAACUAAUGAAAAGGGGAACAGUGACCUCCUGGCAUGGGAUCCACUCUUCAGCAGUUCUCUUGAAUCUUCUUCUUCAGCUUCCUUGGCAUCCUCAUCCUCCUCAGCAAGGCCCACAACUCCUCUUUCUGUAGGCACCAUUGUACCACCUCCAAGGCCUGCUUCAAGACCAAAGCUGUCUACUGGAAAACUUAGUGGGAUUAAUGAAAUACCUAGGCCAUUCAGCCCUCCAUUGACCUCUAACUCAAGUCCACCUCCUGCAGCUCCCUUGGCACGUGCAGAGAGCAUUUCCUCAAUAUCCUCAUCUGCUUCCCUCAGUGCAGCAAACACACCUACAGUUGGUGUUUCACGUGGCCCCAGCCCUGUCAGCCUUGGAAACCAGGACACCUUGCCUGUUGCAGUAGCCCUUACUGAAUCUGUUAACGCCUACUUUAAAGGAGCAGAUCCCACGAAAUGUAUUGUGAAGAUUACUGGUGAUAUGACAGUAUCGUUCCCAAGUGGGAUUAUUAAAGUCUUCACCAGCAACCCAUCUCCAGCUGUGCUCUGCUUCAGGGUAAAAAACACAAGCAAACUAGAGCAGAUUCUUCCAAAUGCACAACUUGUAUACAGUGAUCAGUCACAAAGUGACUCCAGUACUAAGGAUUUUUGGAUGAACAUGCAAGCUAUAACUGUCUACCUCAAGAAAUUAUCAGAGCAGAAUCCAUCUGCAUCCUAUUACAAUGUGGAUGUUUUAAAGUAUCAGGUAUCUUCAAAUGGCAUCCAGUCCACUCCCUUGAAUCUUGCAACUUACUGGAAAUGUAAUGCUAGCACUACUGAUGUGAGAGUGGACUAUAAGUACAAUCCAGAGUCUAUGAAUGUGCCUAGUAUGCUGUCUAAUGUCCAGGUUGUGGUACCAGUAGAUGGAGGAGUAACAAACAUGCAGUCGCUUCCACCUGCAAAAUGGAAUGCAGACCAGAUGAAAGCAUAUUGGAAAAUAUCUAGCAUUUCGGAGAAGUCUGAGAAUGGAGGUUCUGGAUCCCUCAGGGCAAAAUUUGAACUUUCAGAAGGACCCAGUAAACCAGCAACACUCGCAGUGCAAUUCAUUAGUGAAGGAAGUACCCUUUCAGGAGUAGAUGUGGAGCUCGUAGGCACUGGCUAUCGGCUUUCCCUCCUUAAGAAGAGAUUUGCCACUGGACGGUAUAUGGCAGACUGCUGAUGUACCUGUGAAAGUCAUUGGAUCAAAGGAGUGCAAGAAGUUCACUCUGCCCUCUCUACUUUUCAAACACUAUUUUAACAUGCAUUAAUUUUUUCAAAAUCUUGACCUACUUUGAAGCUGAACUACAGAACAGAAAAUGCACUUUUUUAAGUCAUUUUGCAAACUUUUUAUCACUUUAUAAUAGCACUGAAGUUAACUUCAACACUGUCUGUAAAUGAUCAACUGCAAUAUUUGGGAAAAUUUGUUGAAAUUUUAGUGAAUUUAUAUAGAAGUCAAAAUAGUAAUCCAUAGUUGCAAUGAAAGUAUGAAAUUGUAUGUUAUACUGUAAACAUUAAACCUAAAAAUGUAGGAGAGCGAGUAAGGAAUAUUUGAGCUUUCCAUAAGUAAUAUUCAUUUUUCAGAUUCUUUAAUUGCCAGUUUUUAAAGAAAGCAGAGGCAAAGUCUCACGUAGUUCUAUCCACUCAUGCCACAAAACCAGCUGAGUUAGAGAUGUAUAAAAGCAAUGUAACUUGAUGCCCGUGUAUCAUAUAUUAUUAACAUGUAAGUUGUUUUACAUAGGCGUUUUUUCCUAAGUGCAAUGUGUUACAAAAUUGAAAAAGACAGCAGAGAUUUACUUCUGCAGUUAGUAAAUUUUAUGGGCGUUGUGAUUGUUUGAAUUAAUGCUGUAGAUUUAAUUUAUUUUUAUAUGAAUUGCAUAACAUUUGUGCCUUUAAAAAAAGCCUGUGCCUAUCCAAUUUAUUAUUCACGUGCCUCACUUCCUUUUUCAAAGUUUGACUCUUCAUCAAGAAAGCACGGUGUUUGUAUCAUACACACAACUUUUAUAAAAAUUCCUUUGACUGGGAUUUAUUUAGAAGGCAGAUUUGCAAAAACUGGAUAUUGUUUUAAAAGAGGUUUAAAAUACUGGAUUACUUCCUUAUGGGGUAAUUGCAAUAAAUGAGGCUGUAGUAAAGGGAGAUGCAUCAUGCAGGACUUUUGAGAUAGUAACUUUAAUGUCACCAAAGAUGAGAAUCCUGAAAAACCACCGAAGAUGGUAAAGUAAACUUUUAAAAGCAAACAGCAUUUCCCUUCACUUUGACUGCAAGUCUUCAGACUUUGAGUGCUUUUGGGGUUGUGUGAUGUGAAUGUAAACAUAGUACUUUGGGAGGAAUAGCAUUUUAGAAGGGUAUUUUAUGGCAGCAGGAUAUGUACUGCCAUUUCUAUUAAUUUUUUUCUAUAACCACCAAUUUUAAUAUUUGUAUUGUCAUCUAAUCUGCUUGCCACAGCCUAAGCACAGGGAAGUGACACAAUAGUAAUGUUCUUCAAAAGCAAAUCACUAAUUUAGAAAAUAUUCUAUGUAUUUGUAUUAUCAAGUGUUUUUUCAAUGCCAAAAUCAAAAGUAUUGGGGCAAAAUAAUUCAAUAGCCUGCACGUGGGAACUUCAUAUGACCAUUUUGACUACUAAUAUCUCUUUCAAAUUCUCUAUUAAAACAAUAAAACAUGCUUGAACUAAUUCAUGCAAAACCAGUAAUGAAUUGACUGCUGAAGCUUUACAAGAAAUUUAAGCUUUGUAGAGGCUACAUAAAUUCUAAUGUAUACCACACACUUGCAGACAAGAGUUCCAUUGUGAGCACUAAGCACAUACUGUACUGUAGAUUUGACUGGAAGACUACAUUUGGCUCUUAAUUUGCUAAUCUUAUUGAAUGGUAAAUUUCCGACUCAUAAAAUGGUACAGUCUUUUUACUGGAAUCUUAAUUGUAAUCUGCUUUGCAAUCAAACUGUGUUUAACAUGACAAUAUUUUAUUAAUGAAAACCCAAAACUGUAUUGCUAUUUUUGAUCAAGUAUUACUUUCAUUUCUAAGUUAAAUGAAGUAGUUAUGUUUCAGCACUUUUAAACUAGCCUUCGUUCAGGUAUACAUAUGUAUACAUACAUUUGCAUUGGGUGCAGGUUACAAUUUUGAAGCCAUACAAGUUUAUAUAGACUUUUUGUAAAGAAAUUCAAAAACCAUGUAAAAAGUACAUGUAGCUAUCUGAUUUUUAAAAAAAAAACAUAUGUAGCAAGCUGGUUCUUGCUUGUGUAUACAGCAAUAUCCGUUGUAGCUGCCUCCUAAGAAAAUUAAUUUGUAAACACAACUCUAAAGGAUCUGAAUUUUUAUGAAUUGUUACUCCGUCAGACUGUAAAUUAGAGCAUACAAGUUUAUCUUACAAAAAUUGUAAAUACUUCUGAUUUUUCAUAAAAUGUAAAUUUUAAAAAAAUUUGCACCCAU